AUUUAGCUCACUUCACUACUAUAUACAAGACAGAGACUCAGAGAACAGGAACAAGCUCGCAGAUCGCUGGCAGAGAGAGUUACAAAUGGCUGCACAGUGUGUGACCAAAGUGGAACUGAGCAUUUCCUGCGACAAUCUGCUAGAUAAAGAUGUCGGCUCCAAAUCAGAUCCGUUGUGUGUCCUGCUUCUGAACACCAGCGGCCAGCAAUGGUCUGAGGUUGAUCGCACAGAAAGAAUAAAAAAUUGCUUAAAUCCGAAGUUCUGCAAGAAGUUCCUGAUUGACUACUAUUUUGAAGUGGUUCAAAAGCUGAAGUUUGGGGUUUAUGACAUAGACAAUAAAAGCUACGAUCUAGGCGAUGAUGAUUUCUUGGGAGAGUUCGAGUGCACCCUGGGACAGAUUGUUGCCAGUAAGAAACUGAUCAAACCUCUAGUUUUAAAAAACGGCAAGCCUGCAGGAAAAGGAUCAAUCACGAUUUACGCAGAGGAGAUUAAAGAUAACCGAGUAGUACAGUUUGAAGUUGGAGCACGAAAACUGGACAAUAAGGAUUUGUUCGGAAAGUCAGACCCUUACUUGGAGUUUCACCGACAGACUGAAGAUGGAAGAUGGCAGAUGGUCCAUAGAACAGAAGUGAUUAAAAACAACCUGAAUCCUGUGUGGAAACCCUUUAAGAUACCGCUUCGGUCUCUCUGUAAUGGGGACAUGGACAAGCCCAUCCGGGUUGAAUGUUAUGACCAUGACAAUGAUGGGUCACAUGACUUAAUUGGAAUCUUUCAGACGGACAUGACUAAACUAAAGGAAGCGAGUCGCUCGAUGCCAGUGGAGUUUGACUGCAUAAAUGAAAAGAAGAAACUAAAGAAGAAAAGCUACAGAAAUUCCGGGGUAGUGAGUGUAAAACAUUGCCAGAUUGUAGUGGAAUACACCUUUCUUGAUUAUAUUAUGGGAGGCUGUCAGAUGAAUUUUGUUGUCGGAAUUGACUUUACUGGAUCAAAUGGAGACCCUCGCUCCCCAGACUCUCUGCAUUACAUUAGCCCCAAUGGAGUCAAUGAGUACCUGCAAGCUAUGUGGUCCGUUGGGUUAGUAAUUCAGGAUUAUGACUCUGAUAAAAUGUUCCCAGCCUUUGGUUUCGGAGCUCAGAUCCCACCGACAGGACAGGUUUCACACGAGUUCCCAAUAAAUUUUAACCCAUCAAACCCUUUCUGUUCUGGUAUUGAGGGGAUUAUAGAUGCGUACCGCAAAUGUCUCCCUCAAGUUAAACUAUACGGACCCACCAACUUCUCUCCAAUCAUUAAUAAUGUCGCCAGAUUUGCUGCAGCUGCUGCACAACAACAGACGGCCUCUCAAUACUUUGUGCUUAUGAUCAUCACUGAUGGUGUGAUAACUGAUCUCGAUCAGACCCGACAAGCUAUCGUCAAUGCUGCUAAACUACCGAUGUCCAUCAUAAUAGUUGGUGUUGGAGGAGCUGAUUUUAGUGCCAUGGAGUUUUUGGAUGGUGACAAUGGUGGUCUCCGAUCGCCCAGCGGGGAGAUGGCCAUAAGAGACAUUGUCCAGUUUGUACCUUUCAGGGAUUUUGCUAAGGCUCCGAAGGAGGCUCUUGCUCAGAGCGUCUUGGCAGAAGUUCCACAACAAGUUGUCUCAUAUUUUAGUACAUACAAGUUAAAGCCACCAAAUGACCCUGCUGCAAAAUGAAGACCCAUGUAAGCCGUCAGUCAGUGCUGGAGCGCAAAGAUUCGCUUUUUGUACCCUUGAAAAUUUGUACUUUAUUCCCUUAUGUACAUUAUAUAGAAAUUAAAAGUCACCAAGUUCUGUGACCAUAUAAUAAUAGGGGGUAUUAUUCCUUAUAAUACAGAAGUGCUCCUAAUGAAGAUUGAAGGUAUGACAUUAGUUCUCAAUGGUCAAACUGAAUGAUUACACAGUACCUUUAUUACAAUCACUUCUGCACUGUAUAAUAUUAUGUAUAUAACAGUAAUCUUUUUGUAAUAUAGUAAAAGAAUUACAAUCUUUUAUUUUAUAAAGUUUUACUUAUCUGCCAAA